UUCACAACAUGUGCGACGACUUUUAAUUCUUACUUGCUUCGUAAUUCAUUGAUUUUCCUCUCACGGAAGCUUAAGAUUAGGACUUUCUUUUAAUUUGGCAAGGAGAUCAUCUGCUUUUUGCUGUUUAUUUUUCUUCAACAUGCUUGUUUCCGAAAAUUAAUAAAGACCUUUUGAGGAUAGAAGUAUCAAUUAAUUCACUGCCUCACUGAACCAGGAAUCUGCAAGGGGAUCUGCUUAGUGAUAUCAACAAGCUGAAGCAUCUGCGCUUAUAUUUUUCAUCUUUGGGACCAGGCCAUCUGUUAAAUUCAUAUUUGCAUUAGUGCGAAACAGAAGACGAGAAGGACAAUAAUGAAGGAGUGGAAAGUAGGACAAGGUGCCCCAUAAUUCAGUCCUACUUUGUCAGUUUUUCUUCUAUUCAUAUUUGCAUUACUGUGAAACAACUUCAAGGAAAGUGAAUGUACAAUUCGUGCGACGACUUUGCAUUGACUUGCCAGCUUUUAAUUCUUUCUAGCUUCACAAUUCAUUGAUUCUCUUCUCACAGAGAUCAUCUGCUUAUUGCUGCUAUAUUUCUUGAGUGUGCUUGCUUCUCAAAUUUAACAAAGACCUUCUAAAGAUAGAAGAAUCACUUCACUAUCUCCCUAAACCAGAUAAUAGUUUGGAAAGAGAUCUGCUUGUUGCUGUUUUCUGCACAAAUUUAACAGAGAUCUUAGUUUCCUGCUUUCACACCCUCUAAGGAUGCAAGUACCAACUCAUCUACCUCACUUGACCAGUUUGUUUCUUCUGCCUUAGAAGUUUGCGCUUAACACAGAGCCAAGGAGGUUUGUGGAUCAUUUUAACUGACCUUUGGGUUUCAUCUUUCCAAAUAAUUUGAAGAACAAACCAGUGAGCUCGUAAUAUGGAUUGGAUAUUGUCAUUUGUUGAAGUGAUAAGGAGCUUUGGGGGUCCAUACAUAAAUCAUCAUUGGAAACUUGAAGAUUAUAUGAAUGAGCUUCGAGGAAAUGUGAAUAGUCUAAAUUCUCGAAAGCGAGACCUCGAAUUAAAAAUGGAAGCAGAGGAUCGUUGCGGGAAAAAGAUGAAGAAAGAAGUGGAGAACUGGCUCAAAGAUGUAGAAAAGGUCGGCAAUGAAGUCAAAAACAUUGAAGAGGAGUUCCCUUCUGUUUCAUUCUUGUCACGUGGCCGUCUAGGAAGUUUUGUUUGCCAAACUAUUGAAAACGUAAACAAAAUUUACCAACAAGGUAGUUUCCUUGACGGUGUGGCAGUUGAUGGGCCUCCAGCCACCGGGGUGACAUUACUAACAUCAAAUCUAGAAGGUGAAAUCAAUGUAAAAGAACAAAUUUGGAAGUAUUUGAUGGGUGAUGAGGUUGGAAUGAUUGGAGUAUGUGGAAUGGGUGGUAUAGGGAAAACUACCAUUAUGAAGCAUAUCAAUAAUCAGUUGUUGAAGGAUAAUCGGUUUGAUCAAGUGAUAUGGGUCACUGUAUCAAAAGAAUUGAAUAUUUUCAAAUUGCAAGAAGAUAUUGCAAAUUCUUUGAAACAAGCUCUUCCAACAACUGUAUUGCAACGAGCAGCACAAUUAAAGAAUAUUUUGGAGGGAAAGAGAUAUGUGUUGAUCUUAGAUGAUGUUUGGAAACGAUUUUCUCUAUUGGAUGUGGGAGUCCCUAAACCAACGUUAGGAAUGAGGAGGAAAGUUGUACUCACUAGUAGAUUGAUUGAGGUCUGUAAGUCUAUGGGUUGUGAGGUGGUCAAAGUGCAACCACUUUCAAAGAAUGAGUCCAUGAACUUAUUCUUAGAUCACGUGGGGCGUAGAGUUGUACAAGAUCAAAAUUUAAAGGACAUUGUAGACAAAAUUGUUGAGAAAUGUGGCGGUUUACCACUUAGUAUUGUGACAAUAGCCGGGACCAUGAAGGAGGUAGAUGAUUUUUGUGAGUGGAAGAAUGCACUAAUUGAAUUAGAAGAGCGUGUGGAAAGUGUGAAAGAAUUGGAUAUCGAAGUAUAUGAGCCUUUGAAGUUCAGUUAUGACCAUUUGAGAGAUCCAAAAAUUCAAAAUUGUUUCUUAUACUGCUCUUUAUAUCCUGAAGAUUUCAUAAUUAGAAAAGUGGAAUUAAUUGAAAAUUGGAUAGAUGAGGGACUCCUUGAUGGCUUACAGACCAAAGAAGCAAUGCAUCACAGAGGUUAUAGCAUUUUAAAUAAGCUUGAAAAUAAUUGCCUAUUAGAGAGGGUUGGAGAUUUUAUUGAUGGAGUUAAGAUGCAUGAUGUUUUGAGGGACAUGGCGUUGUAUAUUGCAGGUCAUCAGUUCAUGGGAAAAGCAGGUAUGCAAUUGAAAGAAUUCCCAAGUGAGCAAGAAUGGACAGUGAGUGUUGAGAAAGUUUCCUUGAUGCGAAAUUCAAUAUUAGAAAUUCCUUCUCACAUAUCACCUAGAUGGCCUCAUUUAUCAACUUUGAUAUUGCAAAGUUGUGACUUAAGAAGGAUUUCAGAAUCCUUUUUUAAGCACAUGUCUGGGUUAAAAGUUCUAGAUCUUUCUCGUAAUAAAAUAGUGAGUCUACCCAAUUCGAUCUCUAACUUGAAAACUCUCAAUGCAUUGAUACUUGCUAAAUGUCGCCAGUUAAAAUAUGUGCCUUCAUUAGCAAAGCUCAGAGCAUUGAGAAAGUUGAACCUUUUGCACACAGGAUUUGAAGAGGUUCCUCAAGGCAUAGAGAUGUUAGAAAACUUGAGAGAUCUUCGUAUGGCUUUAAAAGAGCUACCAGUAGGAAUAUUACGGAGGAUUUGUCAUCUCCAAUGCUUAAUGCUACAGGAUACGUUUGUAAAGGGAGAAGAAGUAGGCCAAUUGAGGAAGCUUGAGUGGGUUUCAUGUUCAUUUCGCAACGUGCAAGAGUUUAAGAAAUACGCAGAGUGUACACAAGGUAAAUGGCCUACAUCUUUCAUUUUUCAAGUGGGGGGACCACCUGUGCAAUGGUAUAUUGGCUUUGGGCGUCCCCCAAAUUUCAAAAAAAUUGAGAAACAGGUUAAAUUCAGAGAUUCGGAGAUAGAGAGGUGUGAUGAUAGGGUGGUCCCACAUGACCUUCAAACUUUAACUAUUGAGAAGUGUGAUGAUUUCAAAUGUUUAAACAACAUUCCUUUGUUUCGUAAGGCGACUGACUUGAAGGAAUGUCAAAUUACGCAGUGUGAAGGGAUGGAGUUUGUGGUUGACUUGUCAUUAUCGUCUAGCGAUGCACUUCACAACAUUGAGGAGUUAUACCUUAAGGGAUUGCGAAACUUGCGUGAAGUUGUGAGAGUAGGAGUAGGAGUAGGUGUAGCGGUUGAAAUUGAAUCUACCUCUCAUGCUCCAACACCACCUGCCAUCUUCUCUUCUCUUAAAGAAUUCCAUAUGAGUUUUUGUUCGAGGGUGAAAAAGUUGUUUCCAGUUGAGCUGUUGCAGGGCCUCCAAAACUUAGAGGAAAUUUUCGUUGAAUGUUGUGAAGAAAUGGAGGAAUUAAUAGCAUCAGAAGAAAAUCACAAAGGAGAAGGAACAACAUUUAUUCUUCCCAAAUUAAAAUCAUUGUGGUUGCAAGUCUUACCAAAAUUGAAAAGCAUUUGCAGCGGUGGAGUUAUGAUUCCUGCAGAUUCUCUCCAAAAUCUUGGUAUAGUCAAAUGUCCAGAAGUAAAGAGGAUCCCUUUGUCUCUUCCCCUUGUUGAAAAUGGGAAAUUAUCUCCUCCUCCUUCUUUAGAAAGAAUCAUAGUAGGCCUGAGAGAAUGGUGGGAAUCAGUGGAAUGUGAUCAGUCUAAUGCUAAGGAUGUCCUUUCUCCCUUUGUUCGAUAUUCUGAGUGGUAGAAUGAGAUGGAGAAGAGGUGUUUGAUUAAAUGUGGCUGUAAGGCUCUUGCUUCUUAUUAAGAACUGCAAACAUUAAUUGUGAGUUUAUUUUCAUCUCUUUCUCAUUUGCUAAAGAAUUACUCUGAUGCUCCAACACCACCUACCAUCUUCUCUUCUCUUAAAAUAUUAGAUAUGUGUAGAUGUUCGAAGAUUAAGAAGUUGUUUCCAGUUGAGCUGUUGAAGAGCCUCCAAAACUUAGAGGAAAUUAGUGUUAGCAGUUGUGAAGAAAUGGAGGAAAUAAUAGCAUCGGAAGAAAAUCACAAAGGAGAAGGAACAACAUUUAUUCUUCCCAAAUUAAAAUCAUUGUCAUUGGAACUAUUACCAAAAUUGAAAAGCAUUUGCAGUGGUGGAGUUAUGAUUUCUUUAGAUUCUCUCCAACGUCUUCAAAUAUGGGAUUGUCCAAAAUUAAAGAGGAUCCCUUUGUCUCUUCCCCUUCUUGAAAAUGGGCAACCACCUCCUCCUCCUUUUCUAAAAAUAUCAUUGCAGUCCCGUGGGAAUGGUGGGAAUCAAUGGAAUGGGAUCAGCCUGAUGCUAAGGAUGUCCUUUCUCCCUUUCUUCAUUUUUAAUAGAAUGAGAUGGAGAAGAGUUAUUCGAUUAAAUGUGGCUCCACGGCCCUCAAUGGACUUGUUCUGAACCAAACUGAUGAUACAAGACUUCACAUGGAAUGCAGAAAGCCAAGCAUACACUAGUUCAGAUAAUGGAGGAAGAGGUUGUGGUUGCGCCUUUUGGUUGGAUAAUUUGAUUGAUUAUGGACAGUUUCAAUCAGUAGGGCAGGAUCUAUAUGUUAGAGUGUCUGCUUCAAAAUCAGAAUUGAAAGAUAAGCUCAGGAUGGAGCUUGCUGCAGUGAUUAGAACACUACUGUCCUGUGCUUUCGGGACUGUUUAUUGUCAGUUAUUACAUUUACAGAAGCCCCAGAAAGUUGAAAGAGAAACAAAAGACAAUAAGGAAAAUGAUCAAGAAAAUCAAGUCCAAGAUGAAGACAUGGAGCUUCCAAUAUUUGAGCCUCAUACCAUAGCUCGUGCUACUGAUAGCUUUUCUGUGGACAUCAAGCUAAGGGAAGGUGGUUUUGGAACUGUUUAUAAGGGGACACUAGCAAACGGACAAGAAAUUGCUGUGAAGAGGCUUUCAAAAAGUUCUGGACAAAAUUGAAAGAGUUUAAAAUUGAAGUAAAAUUGAUUGCCAAACUUCAACAUCAGAAUCUUGUAAGGCUUCUUGGGUGGUGCAUUCACAGAAAGUAAAGACUGCUGGUUUAUGAGUACAUGCUUAACAGAAGCCUUCACUCAUUCAUUUGUGGUCUGAAUCAUUGAAAACCUGUCAAUUUAGUUUGGUUUAUUGCUUCUCUUAUCAUAAAUAUUUCAUACAUUUUACACAUGGUGCAGUUUGCUGCUUCCAAAGAUCAAAAAUGAUAUUGGACUGACAUGAAGAGAAUACCUACCAAUUGCCAGAUCAAACAAGAAGUAAAGGACUGAAUUGGUCCAAGAGUUUGGGAAUUAUCUGCGACAAUGCUAGGGGACUACUCUAUCUUCAUCAAGAUUCAGGAUUGAGGAUUAUUUAGAGAUCUUAAAGCUAGUAACGUCCUGCUUGAUAGUGAGAUGAAUCCAAACUUUUCAGAUUUUGGCUCGGCUAGAACUUUUGGGGGAGACCAAACUGAAGGGAAUGCUAAAAGAGUGGCUGGAACUUAGCAUGGAGAUUAUGGAAAUAAGGUACCCUUCAGAACUUGUUGAAGAAUGCUUAGAAGAGUCUUGCAACCUAUUAGAAGUGAUACAAUGCAUCCAUAUUAGUCUUUUUAAUGUACAACAGCAUCCUGAGGAUAGGCCAAGUAUGUCAACUGUGAUUCUGAUGUUGGGAAGUGAAACUAAAUUGCCACACCCAUACGACGUAGUUUUUUAUUGCUGAAAAGACCACUUCAUGAAGAAGGUUCUUCAUCAGACAAGCAUGUAUCUUCUUCAACAAAUGAAAUGACUCUGUCAGUACUAGAUGCUCGAUAA